AUGACACCCCUUAGCCCUAAAGCCCUUUGCCUUGGUCUGUUGCUGGCCCUUCCAGUCUUCGCAAUUCCGGUUCAGCAGAGUGACUUGGGAGUUGCAGAAGCUGCAAAGACCAAGAGGCUUCUGGGAUACACCUAUCAAGCCCUAGAUGGCGACGCUACUGAGAAAGAUGCCGCGGCCAACGACAAGAUUAAGCGGCUUCUAGGAUACACUUACCAAGCUCUGGAUGGGGAAGAUACCCAGACCGAUGAAGCAACCAGUGAAAAGGCUAAGCGGCUUCUGGGGUACACUUACCAGGCCCUUGAUGGAGAAGAGUCUCAGGCGGAUGCAGCAACCAAAGAGAACGUUAAGCGUCUUUUAGGGUACACCUACCACGCUCUUGAUGGCGAAGACACUGAGAAAGAGACCGCAACCAAGAACGAGGCUAAACGGCUUCUGGGAUAUACUUACCAGGCGCUGGAUGGCGACGCAAACGAGGCCGACUCGGCGAAGAAGGUCGAGACCGACUGA